AUGCUAUCAAGAAAAAAUCCACCUGUUCUGCUGUGUUCGCGGGAACUGCCGGAGAAGCCAUGGGAAAUCCUGCAGAUAGACUUUCUAUGUGUACCAGGAUUCGGCUCGGGAGAGUUCUUAAUAGUAGUAGAUACGUACUCCCGCUUUCUUUCAGUCACCGAAAUCAGACAAACAGACGCAGUCAGUACAAACGCGAUUUUGUGCGACAUUUUCAAACUCUGGGGCUGCCCUAGAAUAAUUCAGAGUGAAAACGGACCGCCUUUCCAGAGUGCUAGUUUCUCUGAGUUUUGGGAGGUCAAAGGCGUUCGGGUGCGAAAAUCCAUACCAUUGAGUCCGCGAUCAAAUGGGGCGGUGGAACGUCAAAACCAGGGAAUCAUAAAAGCCCUGGCCGCUUCUAAAAUAGAUGGAGUGAACUGGCGAAUUGCACUACAGCAGUAUGUGCAUAGGCACAACACCCUUGUACCCGACUCCAGAUUGACCGUGACACCGUUCGAGUUAAUGGUAGGGUGGAAAUUUCGAGGAACGUUUCCCAGCCUCUGGACGGAGAAAAAUGACAAAGAGUUGGACCGAAUAAAUAUAAGAGAAAAAGAUAAGGAAGCAAAGCAUUAUAGCAAAACGUAUGCAGAUGAAUCACGGGGUGCCAAGUACAGUGACAUUCGAGUGGGAGACAGUGUACUAUUAUACACAAACCCAUAA